UGCGGGGAAAAUUGUUUCAGAGGGCGGCUCAUGAACCCCCCGCCGGGGCUGUUCGCGUGCAGAACAUCAAAGCACUUGGGGCAGAACGAAGUUAGAGCGCCCCGUGGUUGCUCGUAAUUAGGAGAGGGAGAACGUCGCGGGGGGGACUCUGAACGCCGCUCCCGCGGAGCUCUACAUCCACCAUGUUGCCCUGUGGACCAGCUUUGUCCUUUAUUAGGUGUCUGGUGCGGAAGAAGAAUGUCAAUGGUGAAAGCCUUGAGGACACCAAGUUGUGCCGAUGCUUAUCGACUGUGGACCUGAUAGCCCUGGGAGUAGGAAGUACCCUUGGUGCUGGUGUUUAUGUCCUUGCCGGAGAAGUAGCCAAAUCUGAUUCUGGACCUAGCAUCGUUAUUUCUUUCCUCAUUGCUGCCCUUGCCUCUGUGAUGGCAGGUCUCUGCUAUGCUGAAUUUGGUGCUCGCGUCCCCAAGACUGGUUCUGCAUAUUUGUAUACUUAUGUUACUGUUGGUGAACUGUGGGCUUUUAUCACUGGCUGGAACCUCAUUUUAUCCUAUAUUAUAGGUACAUCAAGUGUAGCGAGAGCCUGGAGUGGCACCUUUGAUGAACUUCUUGGAAAACGGAUUGGUCAUUUCUUCGGUACCUACUUCAAAAUGAAUUACUCUGGGCUAGCAGAGUAUCCUGACUUCUUUGCUGUAUUCCUUAUAUUACUUUUAGCAGGUCUCUUAUCUUUUGGAGUAAAGGAAUCUGCAUGGGUGAAUAAAAUUUUCACUGCUAUUAACAUCUUGGUCCUACUCUUCGUUAUGAUUUCUGGUUUUGUGAAAGGAGAUGCUGACAACUGGAAAAUAAGUGAAGAAUAUCUCAGAAACCUUACUGCAGUAACAGAGAACAUCUCAUCCUAUGAAAAUGUGACAAGUAUAUAUGGGAGUGGUGGCUUUAUGCCAUAUGGUUUCACAGGAACAUUGGCUGGUGCUGCAACGUGUUUUUAUGCUUUUGUAGGAUUUGACUGCAUUGCAACAACUGGAGAAGAGGUCAAGAAUCCUCAGAAAGCCAUACCCAUAGGAAUUGUGGUGUCCCUGCUUGUCUGCUUCAUGGCCUAUUUUGGGGUUUCAGCUGCACUGACACUUAUGAUGCCAUACUAUCUGCUGGAUGAGAAAAGUCCUCUGCCAGUAGCAUUUGAAUAUGUUGCAUGGGGUCCUGCUAAAUAUGUUGUAGCAGUGGGAUCCCUCUGUGCUUUGUCUACAAGUCUUCUUGGAUCCAUUUUCCCAAUACCACGUGUAAUCUAUGCUAUGGCGAAGGAUGGGUUGCUUUUCAAAUGUCUAGCUCAAAUCAAUUCCAAAACGAAGACCCCACUAGUUGCUACUCUAUCGUCUGGUGCAGUAGCAGCUAUAAUGGCAUUUCUGUUUGACCUAAAGGCUUUAGUGGACAUGAUGUCUAUUGGUACACUUCUUGCUUAUUCACUUGUGGCAACCUGUGUCCUUAUCCUUAGAUACCAACCCACUGUAACCUAUGAGGAACCAAAAUAUUCUCCAGAAAAAGCAGCUUUGGCUGCAGCUGAAAGGGAAUCUGCAGUAAGUGAAUCACAGAUAAAUAUGAUAGAAGAGAAUCGCUUCAGUCUUCAGGCCCUGAUUAAUCCAUCCAGUUUACCAACUGAGCAGACAGCAACUACUGUUAACUUUUUAGUGAGCCUCUUAGCUUGCUUGGUUUGUGGCUUGAGUGUCCUCACUACAUAUGGGAUUCAUUUCAUUGCUAACUUGGAGCCCUGGAGUAUUGGCCUUCUUACUGUGUUAGCGGUGUCCUUCAUAGUUACCAUUCUCCUCAUCCAAAGACAGCCUCAAAACCAGCAGAAAAUGGCCUUUAUGGUUCCACUAUUGCCAUUUUUGCCAUCAUUCAGUAUACUGGUAAAUAUUUACUUGAUGGUGCAGUUAAGUGGAGAAACUUGGAUUAGAUUUAGCUUCUGGAUGGCACUCGGCUUCCUCAUUUACUUUGCUUAUGGCAUCAGACACAGUGUUGAAGGUCAUCGUAAUGAUGGAGAUGAUGAUUCUUGUUCAGAAAAUAGUGGGUUGAAAGAAAAGAACCCUGUGGAAGAACUGGAUGAACCUGAAAAUGCAAAUGAAAGGGAUCAAUUUCUUCCACAUGAAAGGACAAGUGAAUGUUAAUCUCUGCCAACACACAAAUCUUUUAAACCUUUAAUUGACAUUUGCAGACUGAAAUUUCAAAAGCUUUCUGCCAACAUUGUGCUUCUAGAAAGUGUUUACUACAAGGCCUGACUGAUAUUUUGGACAAGCUGCUAAUCCAUCUUCAUCAUUUCAGAACUGACAGCAGGGAGAUUAAUAUUUAUAUUAAAAAAAAGAAAAGAAAAGUACCCUUUGGCAAGCAAAAAUUUGGAGGCAUUGUUUGAAGUGUCAUCCAAAAUCACUGGCAAUCAUCAAAUAUGAAGAAUUUUAGAACCAUCUGCCAGAAGUUCUGAAUAUUUGACAAUGUAUUGUGGACACAAGUGCCUUUCAUACCUUCUCCUUAUCUCUGUUACAUGUUUUGGUCACAAUCAAAAUUUUCUUCUUUCUACUGAAGUAACUCUCAUUGGAGAUAAAUUUCAUUCAAGCCUGGAAAGUAUUUGCAAAAUGAAUGGUAAUUGUAUGGAUCAGAUACUUAGUAAAAAAUAGAGAACUAUAUAUUUAUGUAAAAAGAAAUAAUUGCUUACCUUUAUUAAUCACGACUACUAAUCAGUAGUCCUGGAGAACUCAAGCAGUAAAGAUACUUCAAAGGUUUUUAGUCCCUCUAAAUAAUAUUCAAGAUUUCUGCUUAUGUGAAUGCCUUUUCUUUAAAAGAUGCUGUAUAGAAGUGUGUAUAGAAUAAUACUCUCAAGAGGAGCUAUGUUAUUUUCUGCAAAAGCAUCUGGGAAUUAAUCUGUUGGUCACAGUAUUGACAGUGACAGUCAUAUGUGAUUUAGCAAGUACUGUGCUUUUGAUUUCAGAAGGGCCAGAAUUUUAUCCCUGACUACAUAAUUUAUAUACAGCAGUCAUCAAGUUUUUCUCCUUACUACUCAUUUAGUAAUACUUUCUUCUCCUUUAUCAUAUGCCAGAACUGAUACUUCUGAUAUUGGUGUUACACGUGGCUUUUCCUCAGAAAACUUAAUGCACAAAAUUUCUUUUCAGAUGGAAGGGGAGGUUUAAAAAAACAGAGGUAUAAGCUUUGGAAAAAAACCUUGUCAGAACAGUAUUUCUGCACUUCACAAAGCCUUAAACAUGUCAGCACUUUUUUGUGAGCAAAGCCUACCUACAUCCACAAAUCCAUUAAUGUGGGUAUGAUGUCUAAAUGCUAAUUUAUGUAAAGAACGAAAUUGUUGUGGGUGAACAGUGCUGGGUGAACAGUAAUUUAAUGCUGAUGAAAAUAGAAACUGUUCCUCUUUCAACAUAAGUCGUGUCACCUCUAAGAGGCACCCAGAUGUUUUAGCACUUUUUCUCAGCAAGUAGUAGGCUCAAGCCCCAUGAAGGAUUCUACAAUAUGAAGUCAUUUUGCAAGAAUUUAUUUACAAAAACAGUUUCCCUAGAGUAAGAACUGUCUUGCACUUUGUCAUGGAGAGUUGCUGGUACUAAUCAUUAGUAUUAAUCUCUGUUAUGACAUGUAAAAACUUUAGAUGCCACGAGAGCUACAUUGGUUGACAGUGAAAAACACCUUAUAAUAGCUGGAAUUUCACAACCAACCGACAACAACAACCAACAACAAUACCCAAAAGUACAAAACAACCAAACCCCCCCAAAAAAAGAAAAACCAACAAAAACCUCCCAAACUAGUUAGGCUGCUUCUGUCUCUCUCCUGGGUUUUUUUUUCAGAGCAAUACAGCACUCUUUUUAAUCUUAAAAUUACUUCUUUCUCAGUAGUCUUAAAUCCUCAGCUGCAAAAAGCAAUUGCUGUAGGAGCAAGUCAGCAGCACCCAUGUAAAGUUUUUGUACGAUGUCUUUACAAGCCUACAGUGAAACACAGCUCUUUAAAAUUAUUUACACAUCUCAGUGUGUAGGAAGCACAGACUUACUUUUUCCUAUGGCUGUUGAUGCCACAGAGCAGGCCAGCCAGGCUCCCAAGCUGCAAACUGCUGUUGCUCUUUGAUGUGCAAGAAAGACUGCAUUCUCUCCCAAGGCCAUCAUAUAGAAUGUAUGUAUGCACACCUGUCUAUGCAUUUGCACCUGUCUGGCCCAUAGUGAUUUUGAUGAACUGGUUAAAAUAAUUUCUAUAUUGCACUGGAAUUUUCCUUUGAAAGGAUACUGUCAAUAUAAUAAACUUCUGACUAAAGCAAGGCUAGCAAAGGCCUCUGGAGAGAACUAAAGGAAAUAAAUUUUCUAGCUUAUUUACCUAAUGGAUGUGUCAGCAGUUUGUGUAUUGACAGUGUCUCCUUUUAUUUGUAUGAAUAUUUCUCCUCCCUGCUCCUUGUUAGAGAAAUUAUUUAAAAACAAUAGAAUGUGCCUGUACAAAUGUUGCUAAAGGAGAUGGAAGGAGCUGUAGCAUGGGAACUAUCCACAUAACUAAUGAGAUAUAAAAUGAAAUUAAAGGAAACUAAUUGGGUACUUCUGGUUUCUUCAGCUGUGCAAAGCUUAUUUAUAUGUGUGUAUAGUUAAAGUCACUGUAAGUCAGUGACUGAGUAAAAACAGACAAGCCAUAAGUAAGAUAUUUAUGGUAAGUUUGAUAUGCAUUUGUAUACGCAGUCGUGAAAUUCCAGAUGCUUUAGUGGGACUUUGCAGAAGCAAAGGACAUGCCAUGCUAGUCCUUACACAGGAGCUAUGGAUGAAACAAAUCCCGAUUUUGUUCUCACAUUUGCUCUAUGUCUGUACUUGCUGAGAGAGCAGCUGAAAGCACAAGUCCGGUGGAACUAAAUUGUUGUUAUUUUUUAACACAGUUGUUGAUAUUGUAAAUUGUUCUGUGCAAAUAAUAAUGGUAUGUGUUAAUACAAAAUAUCUAUUUUUGGAGGUAGCCUAUUGGGAUUUUCCUUCCUUUAUAGAAAAAAAUCCUCCAAAAACUUUAUUUGCAUUGGUACAUUCUCGAUAUGUCAUUAGAUAAAAGAAUUAUUUUUACCUAGUUGGAUUUAAGAAAGUAAGUCAAAACUAUAUUUAACAGAGCACAAAUAAAUGUGUUUUUUGUUCUGAGGAAUAAGAGUUAUAAAACAUUUCUGAAUCAUUCAUGUUAUCUGAAAUUAUCUUCUUGUGCUAUUCCAGUUCUAAUUCUGCAAUAGAAAGUUUUAUGAGGUAACUUAGAUUUCAUUGCUUGUUAUCAUGGAUGAAACUAUUCUAUUAAUAAGUAUGCUUUUUCCUGCACAACAAAUGCUGAUUAGAUUCCUGAAAUCUGUCAUAAUAUGUUUAUGUCUCCAUGUGUUAAAACCAUUUAUAUUACCUGCUGUUGGAGAACUAUCAGAAUAAAUGUCAAUAGUAGUGAUACAGAGUUACUUACAUAUAUGAAUUUAACCGUGUCAUCCAGAAACUUCAAAUGAUAAAAUGAAUUUAGAUGCAAAACUUGGUAAAGAGUAAAUGUAGAUUUCCUAUUUUAUUAAAUGAUAAAUAUACAAGUCUAGUCCCCUUUCCUUUAAAAUUUAUGCAAAUAUAUAUAUAUACAUAUAUAUAUAUUUAAGAAAUAUAAGGCAUAGUGUGUUCAUGGAAGUUUUAACAAGUGCCAAUAUCAGUGUGCCAUAAGCAUCCUGAGAUGGUGAAAUCCCUGACAAUGCAGGAAAUCUGUGUGGGAGUGUGCAAUCAUUUUAUUCAGAUAUGAGGCCUUUGACACUGAGGUGCAUUUUUUAUGGCAGGAAUUUAAUUCACAAGAAGGCUGGCAUGUGUUACUCAAGUGCAUAAAAAAGAAAACAAAAGCACCUUUUUAAUGCUCUUGGGCCCUAAUUCUUCCUAGACUUGCUAGGAAGUUUGUACAAACUGCAGUAUGUUCACUGAAAGCACUGAGGUUACUCAGUGUUAAGCAAAUAUAUAUUUUACAGAAAAAGCAGGAGGUAUUUCAUAUAGUAUAGGAUAUUUGUAUUUGUUUUUAAUUUCCUGUACCUUUAGUAUUUCUUUCAGGUAUAUGUUUUGAGAACCUCUGCAUUUUUAAUAGUUGAACCUUUCCAAAGCUAAAUAUAAUGCCUUUACCAUGUGUUGAUCUAUUUUCCAUUUGAUUUUAGAAAUCAAACUCCCUAACAUUAGCUAAGUUGAAGGAUUGCUGUGCAUUGACAUGCAGAACUAUGUAUAUAUAUAUAUAUAUUUUUUUUUUUUUUUAAUUUUCAGUUGGACAAAUUCUAUUGUCUUUCUAUGUUUCAUGAGCCUUUGGCCAGGUAAACUCCAGCUUCACCAAGAUUUUGAUGUUUAGGAGGGCUUUUCUCUUUUGUGUUACCAGAAAGUAAAGCGUGAAAUAUGUGUUUCGUAUCUUUAAAAACAGUUAUGUGUGCAUCACUUUAAAAAAAAAUUAGCAUUCAUAUCCAUUUCAACUUUUCCUUUUUGUUCAUAUGUACAUUCUAGUGAUUAUUUCUAUAUUAUAUGCUGCUGAGCAUUUAAAAUGUUGAUAAGAUGAUUAUGAUGCAACUUAAACUACAAAUUUUUAUUUCUUUGAAGUGCUCUACCGAAAUGAAAAAAGUUUUGAAUUUUUAUGAAUGUAAAAAUGCUUAUAUUUAAGAAUAUGGUGCUUUUUUCCCACUUUACAAUAGAAUUGUUAUCCGUGACAUUUUUAGUUACCUUAGUUCCAAAUUCUGAUGAAAAUUACAUUGUUCUUCAUUUACUGUAAAAUGUGCUUUGUGGGAUAAAAAUUGUGUAUUUGUUCUGUAUUUUUUAAAUAAAGCUGAAUGUCACUUGUA